UUCUCUCUCUCUCUUUGGAAACCAUUCUGUCUUCUGUGUUAGAAUAGUAAGAUGCACCAUAAAUGCUUUCACUAUCAGCUUCUACAGUGCAGUCUCUCUCUCUCUCUCUCUCUCACAUAGCAGUUCUGUGCAAUUUAAAACCUCAAAAAAGAAGCAAGUCCAUUAACUCUCUUAACAUUGUUUUGUGCAAAAUUUUCUCUCAAUGAUGAUUCAAUUUCUCAAUGUCUCUGUACCUAGCAUUUAUUGCAAAAGCCAGCCUAAAACUCGCUGAUAAUCGUCCUUGCAAGCCCACAACAUUUAUUGCCACUUUCGAAUUCCCCUUAGAAAUAUACUGUCAUAAGUGUUUUUAGCAUUUAUAGCUUCUCUCUCUGCAAUUUUUCUCUGAAAGUUUCUGUCUUUAUAAGUGUUUCUUGGCGCUUGUAUGUGUUGGACUGUUGGUGUUUGCUACUAGUGGUGUCUUAAGGUCUGGUGAGUUUUAUUGGGUCAUAAGUUUUUGGUGUUUUGUUGGUGGUGGUGUUGAUCCCUUUAGAGGGUCUUCUUGGAUCUUUUAUUUGUUAGUGUUUUGUGGUGGUGGAGUCUGACACUGUGGGGCUUUUGGGUUGUUUUGGUGUUUAGUGAGUGAAGGGAUAUGGGAAGGGCACCUUGUUGUGACAAAAAGGGUUUGAAGAAAGGGCCAUGGACUCCUGAGGAGGAUCAGAUUCUGGUUGAUUUUAUCAAGAAAAAUGGUGGGCAUGGGAGCUGGAGGUCUCUCCCCAAGCUUGCAGGUCUUCUUCGCUGCGGGAAGAGUUGCCGGCUUAGGUGGACAAAUUAUCUUCGACCAGACAUUAAACGUGGUCCCUUUACUCAAGAGGAAGAGAAGCUUGUCAUACAGCUUCAUGGCAUUCUUGGGAACCGGUGGGCUACUAUUGCUUCUCAACUACCAGGUAGAACUGACAAUGAGAUCAAGAAUUUAUGGAACACACACCUGAAGAAGCGACUCAUGGGCAUGGGCCUUGAUCCACAAACACAUGAGCUCAUUAGCUCUUGCUCUACGACUGUAAAAGCACCUGCCUCCCCUAUCACUCGCCACAUGGCGCAAUGGGAGAGUGCUAGGCUUGAAGCUGAGGCCAGGCUUUCAAGGGAGUCAUCACUCUUCAAUCCAAUUCCUCUGGGAAAAACUGAUUCUGACUAUUUUCUUCGCAUUUGGAACUCGGAAAUUGGAGAAUCAUUUCGAAAGUUCAAUAGGGAGGAUAAAACUGCAUGCCAGAGUCCAGUUUCUCAGGCGUCUUCAUCCACAAAAUGUGGAUCAAUCUCAGCCAUUACAACUGAGAUUAGCCCCAUUUUACUGGGAUCCUCAAUUGCGGGAAGCAAUCAAAAUGAAGAUAAUGAGUGCAAGAGUUGCAAAUCCUACCCUGAAGAAAUGAUGGUUGGGUAUGAUACCUCAAGCUCUGAUGAAUUAGAAGAUUCAUCGGACAGUGCAUUACAGAUGCUGUUGGAUUUCCCCAUUAACAAUGACAUGAGCUUUUUGGAAGAAGACAUAGAUAAGUACUCUACGCCUUCUGCCAUGUUGACAGAAAACUCAUUCAUCUGCCCCCUCUGAACCAUGCCUCAAAUGCUUGCUAUGUAUUUUGAAGCCUCUGCUACCUGAAGUUUGUCCUGAUUUUUUUUUUUUUUUUGGAAUUUAAGCUGUUAAGGAAUUGAGAGAGCAAAGAGUUGAGCUAAUUCAAAGUGUACUUCAGUCAGUUAUUUGGCUGAUUACAGUUAGAAAUGGUGCUUUACCAUUUUACCAGGUUUUGUUUAUUAGAUCAGGCCUGUUAUUCAGUAUAUAUAGGACAUACAUAUUCCUCUCUUUCAUUAAGAAACUCCAGUGCCACACAAGAGUCUUUCUUGUACUCAAGUGGUGUCCAUGUUAUAAUAUGGAUGCUCAUCAAUAUUAACUAUUAUUAUUGUUAUUAUUUUUA